CGCGGCUCGCGCCUGCUGCCCUCUCCACCCUCCAUUCUCCUGCGGCCCUGCCUUCUAACUCUCUCUCUCUCUCUCUCUCUUUCUCGCCUCCCGCGGUCGUCUGUCGACUCUCUCUCUCCCUCUCGCUUUCUCAUUGCAAGCGGUAAGCCGUCCUGUCUCUCUCUCGUCUCCCAUCGUCUCCCGUCUUUUCAGGAAUUUGGAUUUGUUAGUAAGUUGAAAAUAAGAUGAGGAUGAAAAAGUGUUGGUUCUGUUCCUCCACCAUAUAUCCAGGGCAUGGUAUUCAGUUUGUCCGCAAUGAUGUAAAGAUAUUUCGCUUUUGUAGAUCCAAAUGCCACAAAAACUUCAAGAUGAAGAGGAAUCCUCGCAAGGUGAAAUGGACCAAGGCCUAUAGGAGGUUGCAUGGGAAGGACAUGACGCAGGAUUCUACCUUUGAGUUUGAGAGGAAGCGUAAUAGGCCAGAGAGAUAUGACAGGAAUGUCACAGAAAACACGCUGAAGGCCAUUAAAACGAUUGAUAAAGUCAGAUCAAGGAGGGAGGCCAAACACAUUGAGAGGAGAAAGAAGGGAAAGAAGGCCCAACAGACGAUAGAGGCAGUAAAGGAGCUGGAGCAGAGUAUCAGCUUAGUCAAAGCCCCGGCUUUUCUCAGAGUGGAUCCAUCUCUUACUCUUCCAAAGAUCAUGGUCAAGGUAUCCCAAGGACAGGAGAGCCAAAGCCAACGCAUGGAAGAAUGAGUCCUCAGUCCAGUAGGCAGUAAUGUUCCUGAUCAGUGAAUCUUUUGUGUUAUUGAAAAAGAAAAAAACAU